AUGGAAGGCAACAAAGGGACGAUAUCAGAAGAGCGCGUUGCAGAAGCGACGAAUAUGGAUUCAAUUAACACGGGACCACCACUUCUCGAUUUCCCAAAGACUAGUGAGCCCCCCGAAGCUGAGACAUCCGACACAAGAGAAGGGAACAAGUCAACAGUAAAGAAGAAGUCACCCAAACGCGCAAAAGCCCUCUCAGUCCUAAAAUGGUUCAUCAAAGACCAAUGGUUCCUCCUCGCCAUGGGCUUCGUCGUCCUCAUCUCCUCCCAAGUCCAAGUCCCCGCCUCCCAGCAACGCACAAAACGAACCGUAAUCACCUACCUCGCCGUAUCCGUCAUCUUCUUCAUCAACGGUUGUACCCUAGACACCCGGGUCAUGCUCGCCAACUACAUGCGCUGGAAACUGCACAUCUUCGUGCAACUCCAAUGCUACCUCGUCUGUUCCGCAGCCACCUUCGCCAUCGUCAGCCUAUGUGCCACGAACCGCGAUUUCAUGGAUCCAUGGCUCUUGAUCGGCUUCCUCUUCGUCGGCAGCGCGCCCACAACCAUGUCUAGUAAUGUUGUCAUGACGCGGCAAGCCCACGGCAACGCAGCCCUCACAGUCGUGCAAUCUGUAAUCGGGCAGUUCCUGUGUCCCUUCCUCACACCGAUAAUCCUGCAGAUGUACCUCUCGACCGGAUCCUGGUAUAGCAAAGUGCUGCAACGGGGGUCAGGCUACGCGGGCAUCUACCAGCGCGUCUUUAUGCAACUCGGCCUCUCCCUCUUCCUGCCCAUGCUGCUCGGGCAAAUCGUCCAACGCCUCUUCCCCGCGCUCACAAAAAAGGUGUUCUUCGAGUGGAAGUUGCUGAAACUCUCCUCCAUCGCCCUCCUAACAAUGGUAUGGCAAACCUUCGACCAAGCCUUCUCCUCGGGCGCCUUCUCAGCCGUCAAACCCUCCAACAUCAUUUUCAUCGUCUUCAUCACCAUUGCGCUCUACUUCAUCUGGCUGGCCAUCUGCUUCGUCGCUGCCACUAUGUGGCUCCCGAAGAAAGAUGUGAUUGCUUGUUGUUAUUGCUGUCCGGCUAAGGCGCUGGCGAUGGUGGUCCCGCUUACGAGCGUUAUGUAUAUUAAUAUUGAUCCCGUGGAUCAGAGUAAGAUGCAGAUUCCGGCGAUUAUUUUUCAGGCGUUUCAGGUGGCUAUUGGUGGGAUUAUGACGAUUGGGUUUCGGAGGUGGGUUAGACCAGAGGAGGAGAGGGAGGAGGCGGAGAAGAAUGUUGAAGCAGAAGGGUCGAGAUGA